UUCAGAUGCAGGGUUAUCUGAACGGCGAGCUCCCCGAAAAGUACUUCAGGGAACUGAGGCUGCAGUUACAGUCCGGAAACGUGAAGCAGCAGGAGAGGAUCGGCAGGUCGCUGGCGGGGAAUCCGCCCAGCACCCUGAGCUUCAGCGAGGACGGGGUGAGGAAGCUCCCGCAGGCGAUCAUCAUCGGGGUGAAGAAGGGAGGCACCCGGGCUCUGCUUGAAUUUGUCCGGGUCCACCCCGACAUCAGGCCGUGGGGGGAAGAGCCUCAUUUCUUCGACAGACACUAUGAAAAGGGGCUGCGCUGGUACAGAAACUUGAUGCCUAAAACACUGGAUGGGCAAAUCACCAUGGAGAAAACACCCAGUUAUUUUGUCACCAAAGAAGCAGCUGCCAGAAUCUAUGCAAUGUCCAAGGAUGCCAAACUCAUACUGGUGGUUCGGGAUCCUGUCACUCGAGCUAUCUCUGACUACACACAAGCUCUCUCAAAGAAACCCAACAUACCCAGUUUUGAGAGCUUAGUCUUCAAGAACAGGACUUCAGGCUUGAUUGACAGCACGUGGAAUGCGAUCCAGAUUGGCAUCUAUGCCAAGCACCUGGAGAAUUGGCUUCUCUAUUUCCCUAUGGGACAAAUCUUGUUUGUGAGUGGAGAGAGGCUAAUUAAUGAUCCAGCCGGAGAGCUAGGCAAAGUACAAGACUUCCUGGGUCUCAAGAGAAUCAUCACAGACAAACAUUUUUACUUCAACAAGACCAAGGGCUUUCUCUGCUUGAAGAAGCCAGAGGGAAGCAGCAAGCCACAUUGCCUGGGCAAAACAAAAGGCAGGACACAUCCCAACAUUGAUCCAGAGGUGGUUCGAAGGCUGAGAGACUUCUAUAGGCCUUUCAACAUGAAAUUUUACCAAAUGACGGGGCAGAACUUUGGCUGGGAUAACUGA